GGGCGGCGGCGGUGCCGCCCGCAGGGGCGGGGCCCAGGAGCCGCUGCGGCUGCGGCUGUGUCCCGUCCCGCCGCCAUGUUGGCGUCUCUGCGCCGGGCCCGCAGAUGCACAUUUCUAAUGGGGAGCACGACCACUCUGCAGCAGGGACAACCAGCCCCACCGGGUGUGCGUCACCACACCAACCGUCUGGUUAAUGAGAGGUCCCCCUACCUCCUGCAGCAUGCUCACAACCCUGUGGAUUGGUACCCUUGGGGGCAAGAAGCCUUUGAUAAAGCAAAAGAAAAAAACAAGCUCAUAGUUCUGUCAGUUGGCUACUCCACCUGCCACUGUGCCAUGUGAUGGAGGAGGGAGUCCUUCAAUAACAGGGAGAUUGGAGGAAUUAUGAACAAGAAUUUUGUAUGCAUUAAAGUGGAUCGUGAGGCGCCAGAUGUGGACAAAGUGUACAUGGCCUUUGUGCAGGCAACUAGUGGUGGAGGUGGCUGGCCAAUGAGUGUCUGGCAGACUCCAGAUCUCAAGCCCUUUGGGGGCACAUACUUCCCUCCUGAAGAUGGAGUUCAUCAUUUGGGCUUUCGGACUGCGCUGCUCCGAAUCGCAGAGCAGGAGAACAAAGAUGUCUUGUUGAAUACAGCCAGAAGAUCUUGGGAAGCAUUGCUACACAGAUCUGAGAUCCAUGUGCAAGGACAGGACUCACCCCCACCAUUCAAAGAAUUGAUGGCCACCUGUUUCCACCAGCUCUCCAGCUCCUAUAUAAGGACUAUGGUGGCUUUUUCCAAAUCCCCCAAGUUCCCCACCCCAGUGAAUUUGAAUUUCCUCUUCACGUACUGGGGGCCCUGUCACCGAACUACCCCAGAAGGUGCCCAGGCACUGCAGAUGGCUCUGCAUACCCUCAAGAUGAUGGCCCGUGGGGGCAUCCAUGACCACAUUGGUAGAGGACAUAUCCACUUGGUCUUUGCAGGGCUUUCAAACCGCUACUCCACUGACCAGCUGCAUGUCCCCCACUUUGAGAAGAUGCUCUAUGACCAGGGGCAGCUGGCAGCCACCUACAGCAGAGCAUUUCAGGUAAGGCUGUGAUGAUUCUUUGCUGAUGUGGCCCAGGACAUUCUGCUCUAACGUCCACGAGACCUGAGAGACCAGUAGGCAGGAGGUUUCUAUAGCGCAGAAGAUGCUGAUUCCUACCCAAUUAUCACAUCCAGUGAGAAACAAGAAGGAGCUUUCUGUGUGUGGGCAGCUGAGGAAAUCCAGGCUCUCCUUCCCAUUGUUGAGGGGGCCAUGGAGGGGACAACCUUGGGAGAUGCUUCAUGCACCACUAUGGAGGUGAAGGAGACUGGCAACGUGAGCCCAUAAAGCAAGACUUUCCUUGCAGACCCCCAUCAGGAGCUGAAGGGCAAGAAUGUCCUAUUGUCCAAGCUCACGGAGCUGACGGCGGCCCGGUUUGGGCUGGAGCCAGGGGCAGGUGGAUGCCCUGCUGCGGAGGGCCGGCAGAGGCUGUCACAUGCCCGGGCACGACGGCCGCGGCCACACUUGGACACCAAGAUGUUGGCGGCGUGGAAUGGGCUCAUGAUCUCAGGCUUUGCCCAGGCUGGGGCAGCCCUGGCUAAGCAGGAGUAUGUGAGCCUGGCUGCCCAGGCAGCUGCCUUCCUGCGGAGACACCUUUUUGACCCCAACAGUGGACGGUUGCUGCGAAGCUGCUACCAAGGCAAAGACAAUACAGUGGAGCAGAGUGUUGUGCCCAUCCAGGGCUUUCUGGAGGAUUAUGUCUUCACCAUCCAAGCUCUCUUUGACCUGUAUGAAGCAUCGCUGGAUCAGGGCUGGCUGCAGUGGGCUCUGCAGCUGCAGCACAUGCAAGACAAGCUUUUUUGGGACCCUAGAGGCUUUGCGUAUUUCUCCACUGAGGCUGGGGAUUCCUCUCUGCUCCUGCGCCUGAAGGAUGACCAAGAUGGAGCAGAGCCCUGCGCUAACUCUGUAGCGGUCACAAACCUGCUCCGAGCAGCCUGUUACUCCAGCCGCAUGGAGUGGGUGGACAAAGCUGGUCAGAUCUUGGCUGCCUUCUCAGAGAGGCUGCGGAAGAUGCCGAUAACUUUACCAGAGAUGGCCCGGGCCACCUCUGUCUUCCAUCACACCCCCAAGCAGGUCAUUAUCUGUGGGGACCCCCAAGGAGAAGACACGAAAGAGAUGUUGCACUGUGUCCGGUCUGUCUUCAGCCCAAACAAGGUGCUGAUGCUAGCAGAUGGAGACAUCACUGGGUUCCUCUACUGCCAGUUGCCUUUCCUUGCGUCCCUGGAGAGGAAGGAUGGGAAAGCCACUGCUUAUCUCUGCAGCAACUUUACUUGCUCCCUGCCUGUCACCUCUGCCCGGGAGCUGUGUGGGAUGCUUUGCCUGUGAGCCCCUUGGCCCUCUGCCUGCAGGAAGGUCAAGGGGGAGAGACUGUCAUGCCAGCCUGCAACCACAGGAAGAACCCAUAAUAAAUGCCACUUUGGUCAUCAA